GAUUUUUGUCCUUACAAGACAUCCCGUCGAAGUCACCUGAAUGAGCACACUCGGAUGAUCCAUCUUAAGCUUAAAACUAUCUGUGAUCUUUGUGGAAAGGAGUUCUCCAACAUAAAUCAGCAUAUGAGAGUCGUGCAUAAGGUUUUGAGAUCGGGAAUCAUCAAUAAAAAAACUUGUGAAGAGUGUAACAGAGAAUUCUUUGACCUGACGAAGCAUAUGGCUAAGGGGCACUGUCUCAAGUAUGUUCACGAGUACAAGUGUAAAAUAUGUGGAACAGAGUUUAAAUCCCGAUACUCCAUGCUUCGUCACAAUACCCGGAAACACACGCAGAUUGUCGAGUGUGGAGAGUGUGGGAAGAAAGUAGCAAAUUUAAACGUUCACAUUAAACAGGUUCACACCGGACAAAAUAUUCUCUACGUUUGUCAAUUUUGCAGAAGAGUUUUUAGAAAAAAAUCCGGACUAACGAGACACUCCGUCCACUGUACUCUACGCAGCCUUGCAGAACAGAGGAUUCAGCAGAUUCACGCGGAACUAACACAGAAACCCGAAGAAGACUUUACAAAUGACAAAUCUAAAAUAAACGAUGUGGAUGUUAAGCCCGAGGUAGACUAUUCAGUUCUGACGACAGAGAUAGACUCCAGGGGUAGUCUGAGCACAGAUAUUCCGGGGAACAUGAACCAGGACCUGGAGCUUUGCGUCCCAGGAAUACAAUCUUUCAUUAAACCCGAAAUGGCUGGAAAACAGUCGAACCAUUCUUCACGGUUCUCCGGCAUAGAAGAUAUACAGCUCAAUCCUGUUCUAUUAAACUCUACCCAACAGUCUGAACAUCAAAACAUUCAGCUAAAUUCUGAACAGAACGUUUGCCUGAAUCUCACUGAAGACUUGGAACUGAAGCAAGAUCCUGAAGAUGAUCCUGAACGGAUGCAUUUAAACACUGAUGUACUUGUCAAUACACCGCUCCAGCCUGCACACGAAGAGCUUAAGUUGAAUUCAGACUUUGAUGACGACCUGGAGCCUGAAGAAACCGGUUCUAGAACUGUUUACGUGAGAAUUGAAGAGGGGUCAACUGUGUAUACGGAGGACAGUACGUUGUACAGUGAUCAGAGUACAGUUUACAGUACAGAAAUUAACUUGGAACAAGAUGAAUCUCAGUCCUCGGUGAUCGCGGAUUAUGACCCCGAGAGCCAAGGAUAUACUGAGGAUGAAGAGGAUGGGAAUCUACCCUUGAUGAUGGAGGAUCGUCCUCCAUCCUCAUCCAUGUACUCUGCUCCCAUCCUCCUCUCAGGCCUUGAGACAGAGUCUGCGCUUGCAAACCUUUCAAAUAAAGAGAAUAACUCUCCGAUGCUUCAGUCCCAGGUUUGGAUGAAAAAUCUUCUUAUUCCAGUACGACAGGAAUGUUUGGGUGGAGAAACAAAAAAGUAUCUCGCCGCAUUAAAAUAG